UUUCUGUAUUGGCUCACUCACAGGGUUCAGUCAUGUGACAUGCGCACUCGGCCCUGCUGUGGAGUUUGUUAUGACAAGUCGAGGCCUCGGUGUAAAUUAGUAUCGCAGCCCCCUGUCUCUGCCCCGGGCUUAUCCGUCAUGGAGGGCAUGGACCUGGACCUGGACCAGGAGCUCAUGCAGAAAUUCAGCUGCAUGGGAACAACAGACAAAGACAUUUUAAUAUCGGAAUUUCAGAGGCUCCUGGGGUUUCAGCUGAAUCCCGCCGGAUGCGCCUUCUUCUUGGACAUGACCAACUGGAACUUGCAGGCUGCCAUAGGAGCUUACUACGACUUUGAAAGCCCAAACUUCAGUGCACCUUGCAUGUCCUUUGUGAAGGAUGUGACGAUUGGUGAGGGUGAAUCCGUUCCACCUGACACACCAUUCACAAAAACCUGGAGGAUACAGAACACCGGUCCAGAGUCAUGGCCUCCUGGGGUUUCUCUGAAGUACGUGGGAGGUGAUCAGUUUGGCCAUGUGAACAUGGUGAUGGUGCGCUCUCUCGAUCCCCAGGAAAUGACUGAUGUCAGUGUGCAGAUGCACAGCCCCAUUUCUCCUGGCAUGUACCAGGGUCAGUGGAGAAUGUGCACAGCUACAGGACUUUACUACGGAGAUGUCAUUUGGGUGAUCCUGAGCGUAGAAGUCGGAGGCCUCCUCGGAGUCACGCAGCAGCUUUCCUCUUUCCAAGCCGAGUUCAACACGCAGCCUCACCGCAGCCUGGAAGGAGACUACAACCCGUUUGCCUCGCCACAGAAGAGCAAGUGCCCCAACAACAACCACGUCCACAGUGACAGCAACAGUAGUGUCACAGAGGAACAUUUGCAGGGAAGCCCACACCCUCUCCAGCAAGGCCAGAAUGGACUUUCACACGGCUCUGUGGAUAUAGUAGCAAACCGUCUACAAAGCAGUCUAUCAGUAGUUCCGUGUAACCAGAUACAAGAGCCCUCUCCUUUUGGGCACUCUUAAUCAUGGGACUUAUCACUGUAUGGCAGCACUAAGUUGUACCUCUGGAAUUUCUCACACCAAUAAACCAGGAGGCUCUACUGUGGAGUGUGGAGGUCAAAACACUUUAUGCAAAGUCCAA